AUGUCUCUCUGGCUGUGGAUUUUCCCUUGCAUCAUCGGCUGCAUCUGCGUGUUUACGUUCAUUCAAGAUCUUCUGGCUGCCAAGAUGGGUCCUCCUACGAUCUUGAUGGAGACCGUGACGAUGGUUGGUGGUCAGUCCCGACUCCCGACUGCCGUUGCCCCCACCCGCCUCCCCUUCCACCUGGAUCCUUCAUCGCACACGCAGUGGCCGCCGCACUUCGGACAGCUGAUCACCACGUCGGUCAUUCUUGUGCCAUGCACUACCAGACUCGAUCACCCAAGGAGCUUGGGCUCUCAAUGGAACGGGUGCAGCAUUGGCCAAUGCCUACCAACGCAAGCUGUCAGUGAAAAGAGAUCUACCACACGAUUCUGCAAGCCGACGUGCUCAUUUCGACGCAUGUGAUCCUCUCUUUACAGUGAUGUCGUUAACCGUGGAUUUGCAGGUAGGUUCUCGAUGCAAGCUGGUGGGAGCAGGUCGUAUGAACACGUGCUGAUCACAUUCUGUCCCUUCGCAGGUUACAACAGUUCGUUCAUGCAGAUUCGGCCUCGACAUGACCAUCCAUGCAGACAUUCCAGCUGACCCUCCGACCCUUGCGCAUUUCAAAAGGUGUCUGGGCACUUGCCGUGGCCAAGGAGGUCAGUUGCACCUCCGGACAACUUGAGACCUGCUUGUAAGCAAUCCACUGAUGCCCUCCUCCUCGGCGUAAAUUUGCAACCCGCAGUUCUUGCCCAAGAAGACCGAUCAUCUCCCCAAAAUGGCUUUGAUGACCAUCUGGCUCGGUGCAAACGAGUGCGUAAAAAGACGUGUUCAAGCAGAACGCGUCGCGCUCACGAUCCCGUCCUAACGCCGAGGAGGAAUCUUCGCUCUCCCGCUGCAGUGCCGCUCUCCCGCCUUCACCUCAGUCGAUCACGGUUGAAGAGUUCAAAGCUGCCCUCCACAGCAUCAUCAACCUCGUCAAGGACUCCAACUCACCCUGGUACUCCCCCACGACCAAGUUCCUCCUCAUCACCCCACCCCCCGUCGAAGCUGACGUACGCAACAACGAACUCAUGUCUCGAAUCCCUGCCCGCGUCCCCGAUCGGGAUACCGAACGGACGCGCCUUUUCGCCGUCGCCGUUUUGGAAGUCGGUCAAGAAGCAGGGGUCCCCGUCGUCGAUACGUGGACCGCGAUCACGCAAAGGGCUGCGCAGACCCCCGAGGGAUUGAGCAAAUUCCUCUCCGACGGUUUACAUUUGACUGCCGAGGGUUAUGGCGUCGUGACGGAAGGUGUGGCGAAUGCGAUCGCGACGAGGUUGCCUGAACUGCAUUGGGAUCGAUUGGGCGAGGUUUUCCCCGCUUGGACGGAGAUUGUCAACGAGGGAGCGCUCGAACCUAUCCUGGCCAAAUAUGCUAGGUUGCCGCAGGAGUCGCAACUCCCACCGCAGUAUCCUGUAGACUCCAAGUCCGAGCUGUAA